CCCUCCCCUCAUGACCUGUUGACGUCGUUCAGCAGGCCUCUUUACAGUAGGAUUAUGGCGGAACUUUGCUUCGAUGUGAUUUUCCCGUCACGCACACUGAGUGAUUGGCGCCCACUAAGGCAGACCAACGAGCGCCCGGCUGGUGAGCCCAGGCGGCACCGCUAUCCGCCUGGGGCGGGGGACCCGGGGACGGGGUCAAGGAAGAGCGAUACGAGCAUGACCUUUGGCCGGCCUCCGCCUGUUUUGACCCAGUUGUCAGCCGCUGGUGCCUGCGUCAUAUAGCAGUUUUCCUCCUACCGCUGGCGUAGAAUCGUGUUACAGCGUACUUUUUAUGAUACAGGCCAUGACCUCACUGCUGGGGUCCCCAAACUGAAUGGAAUAGUUCGCCGAGCCGCUGCAGCCCCUGACGCGAUACUUUCAAGAGAGACUAUACCGAGCUUUUCACACAAAACAUCAUGAGUUAUACCCAACACACCCAACCACAUGUGGGGUCAUCAGGACAGAGGAUGAUGAAUCAUUCAAAGGUUUAAUGGAUGCUGCUUCCUGUUCUGCUGGGUCUCCAGUGGAGGCCCCAGUCACAGAAAAUGGGGACCUCACUACCAUUGUUGGUGCUGUCAGGGACGAUGACUGUGCGCCGGCCGGGGCGCGCUCCUGCGAGUCUGCGCUGCAGCCCGGCUCGUCGGACGGACCGCGCAGCUCCCGAUGGGUGACGCUGAACGUGGGAGGCAGGCUCUUUACCACCACCGUCGCCACGCUGACCGGCGCCGAGCCGCACUCCAUGCUGGCCAGGAUGUUUUCCGGCGGCACGGAGUGGCUCCGGCCGAGUGACCGGGACGGUUCGGGCGCCUACCUGAUCGACCGCAGUCCCACCUACUUCGAGCCGCUGCUCAACUACCUGCGCACCCGGCAGCUGGUGCUCGACCAGGGCGUCAACCCGGCAGGUGUGCUGGAAGAGGCGCGCUACUUUGGCAUCGACUCGCUGCUGAGCCGGCUGGAGGCGAUGGUGGCCGGCGCGCCGCAGUCGCCGCCCAGCGCCGAUCACGCGCCGCUCACCCGGCGCGAGGUGGUGCGCGCGCUGCUCAGCACGCCCAGCGAGGCCAGCCUGCGCUUCCAGGGCGUCGACUUCACCGGAGCCGACCUGUCCAAGCUGGACCUGCGCAACAUCAACUUCAAGUAUGCGUGUCUGCGGGACUGCAACCUGAACAGCUGUAACAUGACGGGCUGCUGCCUGGAGCGGGCCGACCUGUCCGGCGCGCGCAUGGACUCUGCGCAGCUCUCGUGCGUGCGCAUGCUCUGCGCCAACCUGGAGCUCACCUGUAUGCGCUCGUGCAACUUCGAGGACCCCGGCGGCACGCGCGCCAAUCUGGAGGGCGCCAAUAUGAAGGGAGCCAUUCUGACGGGCAGUAACAUGUCUUCCAUUAACCUGCGCGUGGCCACCCUGAAGAACGCCAACCUGCAGGACUGUGACCUGCGGCUGGCCAUCCUGGCCGGCGCCGACCUGGAGAACUGUAACCUGUCGGGCAGUGACCUGCACGAGGCUAACCUGCGCGGCGCCAACCUCACCAACACGGCGUUCGACCUGAUGCUCACGCCGAUCCACAUGUCGCAGACCGUGCGGUAGGCCAGGUCACGGCGGGUCACGCCGGGUCAUCAGAGCCGCGGCAGCUCAGGUCACCUCAGGUCCUCCGGCUGAGGCGGGGAAUAACGGCCGGCUGCAUUGGGCCCAACGCCAAAUGUAUUUGUAUAUGUAUGUGCGAUUGUUUUUCUAUAGAAUCGUACACUAAUUUAAUUUGCUACUUAGAAUGGGUAUAUUUAUUUCAGAGCUUUUGUAGGACGUUGAUCGUGGUCUGUGGCGACGGUGAACUGCUGAGAAAUGGACUGUCGCGUGGCAUUCCUGAGUAGGAUGAUGUGCUGAUUUUUAUACAUUUACUGAAAGUGGGAUGACAAUAUGAGUGUUGUCACUGUGUAUGCUUCCCGUUGUGUUCUCGCGUUCGUUUGGCUGUGUAAAUAUGAACUGCCACGCAGCAAUACUUCGUGUCGUGAAUGGCGUGGUUGGGCCUCGCUGCUUGACCAUUAUUUAUCGUCGUAGUGCUUACUAAUGUGGGGAACUGCCUACUGUGCUUUGUUUUGUAAUAGUUUGGUAAAUAAAGAUGCUUCCAUCA